AUGGUAUCCCGCUUUUUGACCGCCAACCCUUCCGGAGAGAUUGAGCUCUCCAAGCCAAAGAUUAAGGAGUAUAGUAUUCCAUUCCAAGUUCCGGGCAGUAAAGCAGAUCGUGAGUUGCUGCAUUACUAUUGUUGCCAAACAGCGGGAGAUCUUUCUUCCUCACUUGAUGGUGAUUUUUGGACACACCUUAUUCUCAGUCGCGGCCACGAUGAGCCGGUGAUUCGCAACGCGUUGGUCACGUUGUCGCGCCUUCACAAGGACUAUAUCUUCGAAGAAGUGGGGACCAGCUCGCCAAACCCGGGCGAUACUCCCGUGCAUCAUGCUCGAAACUUGUCUCUCGUUGCAAGAUCUCAUCGUCAAUUGAGGAACUAUCUUUUCAGAAUGGACGCAACGCUUGAGGUGGCACUGAUUUGCAGUAUCAUCUUCUACUCGUUCGAGUCUUUGCUUGGUGAACCUGAGCGAGCAAUCGAUCAUCUCAAUCACGGGUUAAUGCUUUUGAAGCAAUCGCAGGUACAGCAAGUAUUGGGUUUCAGCGAUGAUGGACUUAUGAAACGCCUCGUCAGGCUUUAUGAGCGUCUUGACGUUCAGGCGAGCACAUUCGAGGAUCGUAGGCCGCCAAUCUUGACCCUUGUCACUUCUGAGGAGCGAAUGGGACUUUGCAGUGUCGUGCCACCACAUCUUUCCGAUACCGUCCAGGCCGAAGCGGUUCUGAUCAAAUUGCAGAACUGGGCUUUACAUCAUUUCAUCACACACGUCGAUUUAAAGCAUCGCCCCUGGGAGGAGUACCCACUCGACGUCCUGUGUGAACGUCGAGUACUUGCAAUGCAAUUUGAUCGAUAUGGACAUGUACUGGAGCAGUAUUGCGUGGUAAGCGGAAUAAAGUCACAAAGGCUGGGUUUGGUAAUGCAGCAAGAGCAGACCACGCAAUUGCUUCAUCUCCAAACCCAGUUCCUUCUCUUUCGCGCCUUACUGAGUGAGAAUUUGCCAAGCAUGUUCUGGAUGAAGUCGCUCUUGUCCUCCGAUGAUGGACUCACGUGUCAGGGGACGCGCCAACUCCUUACAUUCUCUUCCAACCCAGACGAUAGCCUUCGACAGGCGUUAUCCAGCUUGACGAGAAUCCUCUCAGCCGACAACGGGACCCCGACGGCAUCAAACUCGAAACCAAUGUCGUCGAAAGACCAGAAUCCUUUUCCAGAAAAACAAAGACGUACCUUUACCUUGUCGGGUCAAAUUGUGCCCGCUCUCUACUUCACCUGCAUAAAAACGACGGAUCCGGACAUCCUGUCAUGGGCUCGUGCUGCAACCUUGGCGAUUCGUGGCCGUGAUGGACUCUGGGAUGCGGAGACUGUAUCAUUCAUCAUUGAGGAAGUAGCACAGAUUAAUGCCCUAAGCGAGCACUCGGAUUUAACCACGAUCAUAUCUCCGAUGUCGGAAGACGAUACCCAACCAAGCGGGAAAAUAUUAGACUCCAAAGCGAUUGACCUGGCUUGUUACUGUGACGAGUCCUGUGCAGGAAGACAAGGCCACGAGCCGCAAAUUCCGAAAAGGCUGAAGUAUGAACCAGGCUAUCGACUCGAGGAUGCUGGGCUUGAGAUACUCGAUGCCGAUGGAGGUAUCCGAGACGUUGCCAAACAGCUACACGAAAAAUUGAUUGCUCGAACAGAAGGAAGCGAUCCAUGGAGAUAUCAUUCUCCAAAACUCAAAGACAGGGGAAAGACGAGCGAAGAAUCGUUUCUAAAUCAUGUCGAAAUUAUCCAGGAACCCCACUUUCACCCCUCAACCUCGGCCAUGUAUUCCACCUUUGAUGCUUCCAGACCGGCCAGCAUCUGA